UGGGACGUCUGGUUGAUGGUGUUGAUCUUCUACGUCAUGCUCGUGACGCCGUUCCAGAUCAGCUUCACGCGCGCGCCGGACGAUUUCGUGGACAACUUCACGGCGGGCGACCCGCCGGGCUACAACAAGUACAUCGUGCUGGCGGUGCUCAACGGCGUCGUCGACAUCAUGUUCUUCGCGGAUCUCUGCCUCUGCUUCAACACGGCGUUCUUCGAGGACAACGAGUGGGUCGUCUCCCGGCGGCGCAUCGCGGUCAACUACGUGUGCUCCUGGUUCCUGCUGGACCUCCUGUCGAUUUUACCGUACCAGCUCAUCAGCACGAGGAGCGGCUUCCUGAAGAUGAUCAGGAUGGUGCGCCUCAUGAAGAUGCUCCGGGUCCUCAAGCAGCCGCGCAUCAUGGCGCGCAUCGCCGCGCGGAACACGAUGCGCGCGGGCCAGCAGGCCGUCUGCAAGUACAUCGCCAUCCUGCUCUUCCUGCUGCACUGGACGGCCUGC